GCAAAAGUUCUCAUUUUGCCUCAUUGUUAUAAAGAAAACAGGCGAAAAAGGAAUAAAUUUAUCUGGUAUUUAUUUCAUUUCACACAUCGUCUGAGUCAUUUACCUAAGAAGUGCGAAACGAUUUUCUGCACUUUCUCUCCACUCGACCUCAAUGCCCCCAAUCCCAUAAUUCAGUGCGGCAGAUUUACAAUAUGGCGGCUCUUCUUAGGUGGGUAAAUAUUUUCAGCAGCAAUAUUUACACCGUUUAUCUGUGUUUUGGGCUAAAACUCGUUUAAAUUUCACAGAAACUCUGCCAGAUUGUCUUCAAUUUUAAGCAAAGGAUGCCUUCGACCGUCAUGCUUGUUGUUACGAAGGUUAGUAAUAGCAGUCUGUGAUGUCGCGCACGUAGGGUCAGAUUGCAGAGUUGUUAAUCAUUUUAAGAUCCUAUAUCUUGCUUAUUUGCCCUAUUUUCUCUUUCAGCACCCCAAUUGCUACUUCUUCGUUGGUUUGCAAAGAAGAAGACUUUUGGUCUAAAAAUUCCCGCCUUAAAAGACCCAUGUCUCCGCAUCUAACUAUCUACAGGUGAGGUUAGAUGAGCUGGAAUUAGAACAAAGCUGUUUAAUUAAUAUGAAGUGGAAUAUCUUUGGAGGCGAAUACACACAGAGGUUUGAGUGAUGUAAAUAAAAAAAGCAGAAAAAGAGAGAAAUGCUGGUUAUAAUACCUUUAUAACACCAUUUUAACCCCCCUCCCACCCCACCAUCAAUUCCAAGCAUGCCUAUCCCCCCUGGGCAUUUGUCUUUUUUUUUUGGAAAAAGCCACAAAUGCCUCAAAGUGGGGCAGGCAGAUCAUACAAAAACCCCACAGUGGGGCUUUAAAAAAGUGUGCAAAUGCCCCACCCUGGGAUACCAAAAUUCCAUUUUUGCAUUCCAUUUUCCAUUUUUGCAGAGGCCCUGUUAGGGUAAACAUGACCUUGAAACAGCAAGAUAAGACAAUGAAAGUAAAUGACGCAAACGAGACAAAAGGUGAUGUUCCAUGAGAUGAUUGGCCACGACGAAUUGUAAAGCAACACCGCAUUGCAACAUUGUUUCAAAUGGUUACAACAUUGUUCCAACAUUGCAGCGCUGUGUGGUGUUAAAAAUCGUUGUUGCGAAUCUUCCUGUGUAAUAUCACCUGAAGAUGGGUUGAAACGGCAGCAGUGGUGAAGACAAGUUCAAACGCUUUAGUAAUUUACUGACAGGGACAUAGCUUCCUCCUCACCUUGCAAAACAAUGGGUUUUGUAAUUCAGACUUGGGGCGUAUGUAACCUUCCUCCUCAGAUGAUCCUUUUAAACUGAUUUUUAACUACCAGCUCAAACUUUUAGGUGGUAAUCAUUUCGCUUUGCUGUUUCAAAGCAGGUAGUUCAUUACUGAAAAAGAGGGUCUUAACUCUUAAGGAUGUUUUGAGUGGGGUCUGGAUACCCUCUCUGUGGAUCAGCCCUAAAGAACAACCUGACAUUUCACCGCUACAUACCGGUACACAUCACAGGUGUAUUAACAUAGUUUUAAAAUAAGCUAUGUGUUUUUGCAGUCUACAGUUGACCUCUAUGCUUUCCAUUACUCACCGUGGAACGGGAGUGGCAAUGACAGCAGGUAUUUGUAGAUUCUGUGUCAUUGAAGACUUAAUGUGUAACUUGUGAAGCUAUCAUUCCAACAAAGGUAAGUCAGGCUGUGUUAUAUUUUUCUUCAUCAAGAACACAUCAGUGGACACAACUCAAACUGUUAAUAUUCAGGGACCAGUUCCUCAAAGGCCAAUUAUUUGUGUUCAACCAUGCUUAGGGUUUUAUUUCUCAAAAUAAUGUUGUGGCUGUCAUUUUGAGUGAACAUAAUUCUUGUGUUGACCUUUAAGUUCAACUUCCUUUCUCACAUAUUUCCUAUAUUCUGGUCUUUUCAGUUACAGCUUCCUUUGCUCUUUGUGCACUUGUUCUGCCGGAGAAUUUUGAGUUUUAUUUAAACUGGGUAAAGACACUGGAAAUUCCAUCGUGGAUCCUUUUCAGCGGAAAGACUGUACUGGCAUGGCCUCUGUGCUACCAUGCAUUUAAUGGCAUCAGACAUUUGGUAUGAGUUAAUUUUAUAACUCACCUGAAACUCCUUAAAUAUGUUUAUCUUGAAGGGUGUUCUGCUCACAUAUAACUCUGAGGCAAUUCACUGGAAAGAGCUUCCAAAACACGCCCUAGAUUGAGUGGUGUGAGUAUUUCAGAAUUGAGCAACUUUAAAGCACAAACUUCCUUUCCUGUUUGUGUGCAAUAAUAUAUUAGUGGAGGCAAGCUAAUUAAAGGUUGGGCAUCUGUAAGCAAAGUUUUUCACUUUUUACUUGAAUAGUGUGUACUGAAUCCUGUGUUUUUCUUUACCACAGGCUUGGGAUCUUGGUUAUGGUUUUGACAUGGGUGUCCUGUACAAGAGUGGUUGGCUGGUAUUCUUUGGCUCCAUUGGAACUGCUGCAGCUCUGGUCUACUUCUUAAGUUAAACAUCCUAACAGGAACACUUUAUGUUUUGACUUAAAUUUUAUGUUAAAACGAGACUCUUUGUAUUAAUAGAAAUGUAAGGUUGUCUUUUGUGUAACAACUGCUGUUUUGCAGCACAUUUACAAACGUAGUUUUGUUGCCAUGAAAACCAGGCAAAAUAGGGGCUUAACCAGGGUGCAAAGAAAGUCAGUUUUACAGCCUGCCAUUCGGGCAAGCUGUAGCUAGCAUAAACUAGCCCACAAGUCAUUUCAAUUAGCCCCAAAACCCUUUUUGAUUAGCAGGAUUGAUUACAAGGGCAAGUUAAGAACAAAAAUCACUAGCCGGAUAGCAAAAUCCGCUAGCCCCGGGCUAUCGGACCUGUCUUUCUUUGCACGCUGUUAACCCUUUAACUAAAAACCAGAAUUUAAAUCCCUUUCUUGUUUGUGAAUCUAUGCAUGAUUUUUAGAAGUACAAAGAAGAAUUGAUUCAAUUACCAAGAUAAUUAAUUUGUCUUCUGAUCUAGUCAUUUAUUCUCUUUAUUUCCAAAAGUUCAUUAGCCAUGAAUAGCAUGGGAAGAAUUUUGAUCCUGAUCAAUGUUGGGGAUACAAUUUUCGAUUUUUUCCUGCACGGAGGGGGCAGCUGUUGAAAGGUUAAUUUUUUGAACUGUUGUGGACCUCAUAAAUGCUGUAAAUUGGCAAAAGCUAUGAUAGUCAGUGUUGUGAUGUGCAUCCUAGAGUUUCUUUUUGUGAACUGUUGUAGUUACCUGUACUGUAUUAAGUGAAGGAAUAAAUAAAUAAGGUGUGGAAGAGAGAAAAAUCUCUGUUGUUG